GGAAUGCCAGAGAGCCUGCACCAGUGACCCAGGGUGUCAGUUCUUCUCAUACUUCACAGAGAAAUUUCCAAGAACUGAUAUCAGAUACAAAUGUCACUUGAAAUUCAGCUGGACUGUCCCAAUUCUCCCAAUUGUGGAACUGAAGGAAAAUGUCGUGUCUGGGUUUUCUCAAAAAUUUCUCCAAAAAAACACUGGAAAACAAGUUUCUGUUACAGAAUGUGAAGACCAGAUCCUCCAUAGACUUUCCUGGGCACGACUUUGAGCAGUUUUCGGCUGCCUCAGCUAAGCAUUGCCAAUUCUUAUGUUCAAUACACCCCCGCUGCACCUAUUUCUCCUACACAACUCAAGACUAUCAGUCGAAAAGGAUGCAUUGUUUUCUUAAGCAUAAUCAUGAUGUAAAGCCAUCAGUGACAAAGCAAGAUGUUUGGUCUGGGAUGCCCCAACGCUUUUGUCAGUCUUCAAAAGACUGGAUCAGAACCCAAUAUGAGAAUAUUGACUUUAGAGGCUCUGAUAUUCGUCACAUUACGAUGGAUGAUGAACAUAACUGCCAAACUGCAUGUGCACAUGACCCAGACUGUCAGUUCUACACUUAUGUUAAAAACUCUUUCACACCACCGGAGUAUAGACAGAGGUGUUACCUAAAGCAGGUCAUCACUGUACCAGUGCCUCCAAAGGUAGUCUCAAUGAACGGAGUGGUGUCAGGGUUCUCAUUAAGGAGUUGCAGCAGUGAGGUGCCUGAAACAGAUUGUGGUGUUGCUCAGAUUGAGAAGGCAAGGGUUCUUGGUGGUUCAGACGUCUCCCCUGGCCAAUGGCCCUGGCAGAUAAGCCUUCAGAAGAACAGGAAACAUGUAUGUGGUGGAGUCAUCAUUGCUCGCCAGUGGGUUGUCACUGCUGCACAUUGUCUCUCUUCGGCUUAUAAUGCUUUGUCAGUUUUGGCUGGGAUAACCGAGCUGUCAGUUUCUGGAGAAAAGUAUGAAUUGGACAAGAAGUUCAUUCAUCCUGGCUAUGAUGUCGCAACUCUGGAAAAUGAUAUUGCCCUUCUGAAACUGACAAGCCCACUUACAUAUGGACGUGACAUUGCUCCUCUGUGUUUGAUGGAUAAAACAAAGGAGAUGAGUCUCUUUGGACAGAGCUGUACUGUUACUGGUUGGGGGAGGCUCUCGUCAGGCAGCCAUUCUACUGUACUUCAAGCAGCAGAGGUGCCUCUUAUGAGCCCUGAAUCAUGUGCUGCCCUGAAGUUUGGGGAAGACAGUAAUUAUAAAGUGCUUGACACAAACGUAUGUGCAGGAUACCCACAGGGAGGCAUAGACACCUGUGACGGUGAUUCUGGGGGGCCACUUGCUUGCAGUAUUGAGUACAGAUGGUACUUAACAGGCAUCACCAGCUGGGGCCAAGGCUGCGGACUAGCUAACAAACCUGGGGUGUACACCCGCGUGUCGCGCUAUCUAGACUGGAUCAGGAACACCAUGUCCAGCAAUUAAGCCAGCUUUGCUCAAAACUUUAUGAUUGGCAAAGAAUCUGCAUGUCAUCUGAAUCUGGGACUGCAGGUUUCUGGGUGAAUGCAGUAUAAUCUGAGAGUGAAGCCUAUGUAAAAUGACUCUAAAUGACAGU